GGAAAGGGCUCAGGAGGAGAUGAGGAGGAAAGAAAAAGAGGAGGAGGAGAGGGUGAAAAGACAAGAGGAAGAGCGUGAAAGAUUAGCAGAGGAAAAGAGACGGGAGGAAGAAGAAGAAAGAAAAAGGAUCGAAGAAGAGAAAGCUAGAAAGGAAGAAGAGGACAGGAUUAGGAUGGAGGAGGAAAGGGCUCAGGAAGAGAGGAGGAGGAAAGAAAAAGAGGAGGAGGAGAGGGUGAAAAGACAAGAGGAAGAGCGUGAAAGAUUAGCAGAGGAAAAGAGGAGACAAGAGGAAGAAGAAGACAGAAAAAGGAUUGAGGAAGAGAAAUCUAGAAAGGAAGAAGAGGAACGGAUUAGGAUGGAGGAGGAAAGGGCUCAGGAAGAGAGGAGGAGGAAAGAAAACGAGGAGGAGGAGGAGAGGGUGAAAAGACAAGAGGAAGAGCGUGAAAGAUUAGCAGAGGAAAAGAGGAGACAAGAGGAAGAAGAAAGAAGGAUUGAAGAGGAGAAAGCCAGACUGGAG